GGCUGCUCGUCUCCCAUCGUGGUGAAGUUCGCCGACACGCAGAAGGACAAGGAGCAGCGGCGUCUGCAGCAGCAGCUGGCGCAGCAGAUGCAGCAGCUCAACAGUGCGACCACCUGGGGGAGCCUGACCGGCCUGGGGGGCCUCACCCCGCAGUAUCUGGCUGUAAGGAGAGCCGCCGCGUCGCCCACCAUCAUCACCACCUCCUCCUCCACCCCUUACUGCAGCCCCGUGGCCAACGCCGCCGCAUUGCUCCAGCAGGCAACUUCCUCCGGUAACCUGGGAGCCUUCAGCGGGAUCCAGCAGAUGGCCGGUAUGAGUGCUCUGCAGUUGCAGAACCUGGCCACUUUAGCGGCAGCAGCGGCGGCGGCCCAAAACUCAGCCAGCCCCUCCACCGCAAACCCCCUGUCCUCCAGCGCCGCCUCCCUGGGAGCGUUGGCCAGUCCAGCGGGCACAACAGCCAGCUCCAACGCCGGUGCCAUGAACUCUCUGACCUCUCUCGGCACCCUGCAGGGCCUGGCAGGCGCAACCGUGGGCCUGAACAACAUUAAUGCACUAGCAGGUAGCGUCAACA